AUGGCACCCAUUACCUCCUCAAAACCGACCUCCCGUCGUCCUCGCAGCAAGAAGCGUCACUCCAAGGUCGUGAUCAUUGGCUCUGGACCGGCAGGGCACACUGCAGCGAUCUAUUUGGCUAGGGCAAACCUUAAUCCGGUCAUGUUCGAGGGCAUGCUCGCAAACGGCCUCGCAGCAGGUGGUCAGUUAACGACCACGACCGAGGUCGAGAACUUCCCCGGUUUCCCCCAAGGCAUUGGCGGUAUCGAGUUGAUGGACAAAUUCCGGGAUCAAUCCGCGCGCUUUGGCACGGAGAUCAUCACCGAGACGGUGUCGAAGGUGGACCUGUCCGCACGGCCGUUCCUGUACUGGCGCGAGGGCGAGGAGGAUGAUUCUGCCGCGGCAGAGACCUGCGAUGCGGUCAUCAUGGCCACUGGAGCAAGCGCAAAACGCAUGCACAUCCCUGGGGAGGACAUCUACUGGAAUAGCGGGAUCAGCGCAUGUGCUGUGUGUGAUGGUGCCGUACCCAUCUUCAGAAAAAAACCGCUUGCUGUUGUCGGAGGUGGCGAUAGCGCCGCGGAGGAAGCGUUAUAUCUCACUAAAUUCGGCUCGCAUGUAUUUGUUCUCGUCCGCCGCGAUCAACUCCGCGCUAGCAAGAUCAUGUCGAAACGACUGAGCUCAAAUCCUAAUGUCACCAUCAUGUGGAACACGAUUGCAUUGAGUGCUGAGGGUGAUGGGAACCUACUACAAAAUCUGAGGAUAAAGAAUGUGAAGACUGGUGUUGAAAGCGACCUGCAGGUGAACGGGCUGUUUUAUGCUAUCGGCCAUACCCCAGCAACCGAGCUCGUUAGAAGACAGCUGGAUUGUGAUGCAGACGGAUACAUCAUCACAAACCCGGGCACCGCGGAGACAUCGGUACCGGGAGUUUUCGCUGCUGGUGAUGUGCAGGACAAGCGAUAUAGGCAAGCGAUUACCAGUGCUGGGAGUGGGUGCAUGGCUGCGAUGGAAGCUGAGAGAUUCCUGGCGGAGGAAGAAGAUGAGCUCAAGAUGGAGGAGGCGAGCUUGGCAACACCGGUAUCUACCACAGGGAGCGACAGCUCGAAAUCAACCGAGCUCAACGGGGUGAACGGUGUACACGACAUCUCACUCCAGGACGAUUCACCGGAACCGCUCAAGGCAUGA